AUGCCGAUAUCCCCAGGGUUAAAUACGAUUAGCACCCCUAAAUCCGGCCACCGGGCCACCCCGGUACGGAAAUCGCGAGCGCCAAAAUCGUGCUAUCCAUGUUACAAAAGGAAGGUAAAAUGCGAUCGCAAGUCUCCGUGCUCAUUAUGUGUGAAGCGAGGCUACGCUCAUCUAUGUACAUUCGUCCAUCCGUCGCGAGAUGAAAAGACAUCGCAGUCACCGACCGAUCGGAUAAGUGAGAGCAGCCAGAACCAAGGUUGUUGUGAGAAUGGGGUUCAGACAAAUACUCGCCAGGUUACUAUUAUGAGAGAUUCGCAGACCGUGUCGGUUGACACCCAAGAAUGGCGAACUAUCAAUGAUAGGCUGGUAGAGUUGAGCCAUAGUAUAGCGUCGUUGCGGUCCCAACUCGAAACAUCGUCCAGUACUCCGACAACAUCACCGUCCUCUUCGGAGGAUGACCAUUCACCAAAGACAGUUAGCAAUAACGAAGAGAUAACAGGAGGGGUACGAAUGAGGAAUGCCUUCGGCGGCUCCCCAAUUCAUUGCGGGUCUGACUCGGUUUUGGCUUUUCUUCUGGAAAAGCCUCAAAGAUCAAUUUUCAAAGAAGAAAAUGUCUUAUCCCAGCUUGGAUUAGAAAACUCUUCGGCAACAUAUCCAUUUCUUGAUCUGUGGUCAUCCGACAUCUCCUCCUACAGCAAUGGGUCUGUAUGUGCCGCUCUUCCGGAGGAUAGAAUUUGCCGGGGACUCUUGCGUUCCUAUCGCGACGUCCGGAUGACACUAUACCCCGUCAUAGCAGACUUCGACCGUUUUGAGCAGGACGUUCAAGCUCUGCUGAAGAAUAGAGCUCUGGAAGGUCUUUCGACAAGCCAUGCAAUGGCUUCCAUAGAGCAGUUUGGCUUCAGCAUAGCAUUUGUGGGGAUACUUUUCGCAGUCCUUGCAUCUGGGUGUCAGGUCUCAGAAUUUUCAAAGAAUAAGAUGGCGUCUUCGCGCCAAACAUACGUCUCAUGUGCAUACCAGUGUCUUCGAAACUCCAACUUUCUAUCCCGUCCGACUAUGGAAGCUGUUCAAACUCUUCUUAUACUCGGAGAUGUUCUAUCGUACGAUAUGAACCCUGGUAUUGCUUAUACAACAUUCGGUGUUGCCCAGCGAAUGGCCUUGACCCUUGGCCUUCAUGCCGAAUCAGCCGUAUUCAAAGACCCGGGAGCAUAUAGACGACAACAACUUUGGUGGUCCAUGGCCUGGCAAGAUAGCCAUUUUGGACUCUCAUAUGACCGUCCUGUCGAAACACUGUCUGCGUACCCUCAAAUCCCCCGUCUACAAGGGUCACGUCCAGGAAUGCGUGGAUACUUUGAAACGAUGUGUUCUGUCAUUUCGCUCAUUUUGCAACUCCUUCGUGACGAAGUCUUACUAGGAAGCGAUAUCACCGAUCGAACUAUACCAACAUACAAAAUCGAGCUCAAUAAGAUAUUAGCAGACGCAGAGCCAUAUCUUCAAAGCGAAGAUCACUGUUUCACGCUCAAAGACCACAUUGAGCGACUCGCUUUGAAGCUAAGGUCGUCUUAUCUCGUGUCGGAAAUAUGCCGAAGGUCUUUAAAACAGCCCUCCUCAACGGGCGACAAAACGCCACGUCUGUGCAACGAGUGCAUUGAAAGCCUUGUAGACACGAUAGAGGCGUAUAUUGAACUACACGCAAUAAUUCCCCAUGGUUCCCGCUCGUGGAUUCAUCUUCAUAGUGCCAUCAGUUCGGCCUUCCUCCUCUCCGUGGACGAGACCGCACAAUCAAAGCCAAGCACAUGGUCUAUUCUCGAGCGACUGGAGAAAGUUCUCUGUGAUCUGACCACAUCGGCCGAAAGUGCUGAUCACCAGGCCCAUAGCCCAACGUCAAAGAAUAGCAUGUCUCCUGAUACCGCGCUGGACUUCUCUACUGGCGACUACUUCUCAUCUGUGCCACGCGAAACGAACGAUUUCUCUUCAUCUCUCGGACAAACUUUUAUGCUUUCUAACUUUCCUCUGUGUCCGGAAUCUCCGACAACCAUAUCCCCAAAGCUAGAUAAUACUUCUAAUGGGGCUGUCGAUUUCCUAUCCGGGACUCUGAGCAGUUUGCGGAAGAUAAUUGCGGGAUUUGAAACGCGCAGAGCCAAGAUAGGUGAUGUAGAGACUAGUGAAAAGACCCCGUCAUGCUGUGCGUCGCGAUGCAGCCGUUAG